AUGUACAACGCCCUGACCGGCCUCGGCGGUUCUGGCCAAGUCGACUCGACCGUCGCAGCGAACGCUACCGUCGCUCUCCUCUCCACCACAGCUGUCGCGGCUCUGUUCUUCGUCGGUCCGGUCCUCGCCCUUGUCGGGCCCAAAAUAGCCUUCCUCAUCGGCGGCUGGACUUACGCGCUCUACAGUGGAAGUCUCCUCAACUUCAACCACAGUGCAAACGGCACCUUCGUGAUCGCAGCCGGCGCGAUCCUCGGUAUCGGCUCCUCCUUCAUAUGGAUUGUCCAGGGCGCCAUCAUGACGACCUACGUUCACGAGUCGCAAAAGGGUCGUGCCAUCGCCGUCUUCUGGAUCAUCUUCAACCUCGGCGGCGGCGUCGGCUCUCUUGCGGCCUUUGGCCUCAACUUCUCCUCGACCACAGGCACCGUCAACGACGCGACCUACAUCGCCCUCAUGGCCAUUAUGCUCUUUGGCUGGGCACUGGGCCUUUUCAUCUGCUCGCCGAAGCGCAUCCGUCUUGCACAGCUGCACGCAGCCACCGAAACUGAGAACCACUCGAUGCGAGGCCUAUUCGAUAUGACCGUCGCAACACUGUGCAACUGGCGCGUUAUCUGCAUGCUGCCACUCUUCUUCUGCGCCAACGUAUUCUACUCAUACCAACAAAAUGACGUCAACGGUAUGACGUUCAACAUUCGAACCCGCUCUCUCAACGGCGCGCUGUACUGGAUGGCCCAGAUGUUCGGCGGCCUCCUCAUCGGCCUGCUCCUCGACCUUCCCAUGCUAGAGCGGCCCGGCCGUGCCCGCCUCGGCUGGGUCCUCCUCUUCGUCACCGGGAUGGCCAUAUGGGGCGGCGGGUACCAGUUCCAGAAGUGGCAGGACGCACGGCACGCACAGGGUCUUGUACAAGACGUCGACUAUACCCAAGGGUCCAUCUCGACGGGACCCAUUUUCUUGUACAUUUUCUACGGCGCCUAUGAUUCGUUAUGGCAGUCAUACUGCUACUGGCUCAUGGGAACGCAGUCAAACUCAACAGGGAGGGCGGCGGUGCUCGUUGGCGCUUACAAAGCCUUUCAGGCAGCGGGCGGCGCCAUGGCGUGGAGGAUCAACGCCCAGCAUACGAGUGCUAUGACGCAGCUCGCCAUGAAUUGGGGCCUCAGCAUGGGAUCAUUGAUUCUUGCGUUGCCAACGGUGUUCGCAGUGACCAAGAGCACCAGCGUCCUGGAGGAGGCUGGCGCUGAGACACCUUGUGCAAAGGCCGAGGAGAAGACGGUCGAGGACUCGUAG